AGCAAGUGACCUAAAAUUACUGAGAACAAAUGGAGAAAGAAAUUGACCAACCAGAGCUAUUUAUGUCUGAGUCUCAACCAGUAGCCAAUGGAGAAAAGAGCUGUGUCAUAAGGAAAAGGUUUUUAUUUAAACUUCAACACCAGUCCUGGCCAGUUCAGUGCUAAGGAGUUGGGACUAUGGUUGUUUCUAUGUCCCAAACAGCCAACAGCCAGAAAUUGUGAGACACAAUUCAUUUGAAUAAACAAUGAGAGGUUGCAGCAAUUUGCUUGCAAAUUUGUGCAUCAAUAGCAAAUUUUUGUUCAGGUUUUAUAAGAAAAUCUUUUAAUGUUUACUAGUUCUGUGGAUUAGUACUGAAGGGUGAAGCACUUGAGCCAAGUGGAUAUCGUUUUUUUUUUUUUUUGGGUACAAAAGCUGUGAUUUUUGAAGUGUUUUUGUACAAAAGCUGUGAUUUUGGGAGGUGGGAUUGGUGGAAAUAUGGAAGAACAUGAUGGGAUUGAAGAGAGCAGUGUGAGGUUGACGGGUAGUAGUGUUAAUGGUAGUGGUGGUGGCAGUGACUCCAGGUGGGUUGAUGGUAGUGAAGUGGAUUCAGAGUCACCUCCAUGGUCACUGCUUGAUGAAAGUGAGACCAGAGAAGGGCAAGGACCUUUAAGGAGGAGGCUAGUGAAGAAGGCCAGGAGAGUGGACUCUUUUGAUGUUGAAGCCAUGGAGAUUGCAGGAGAUCAUGGCCACCAUACCAAGGAUAUCUCCAUGUGGCACACUAUCACAUUAGCUUUUCAGACACUUGGUGUGGUAUAUGGCAACUUGGGUACAAGUCCUUUAUAUGUCUUUGCUGAUGUGUUCAGCAAGGUUACCAUCAAGUCCGAUGUUGACAUCUUGGGGGCUUUAUCACUAGUGAUGUACACAAUUGCUCUUCUUCCUCUGGCAAAAUAUGUUUUUGUGGUACUCAAAGCCAAUGAUAAUGGGGAAGGAGGGACAUUUGCGCUGUACUCACUGAUUUGCAGGUAUGCAAAUGUUAAUAUGCUGCCUAAUCGCCAGACAGCUGAUGAACAAAUAUCAAGUUUUCGACUCAAACUGCCCACUCCAGAGUUGGAAAGGGCUUUAAAGAUAAAAGACUCGUUGGAAAAAAGAUCAUCCUUGAAAACGUUUCUCUUGCUAGUGGUUCUUAUGGGUACUUCAAUGAUUAUAGGAGAUGGCAUUCUAACCCCAGCAAUAUCAGUGAUGUCUGCUGUGAGUGGUCUGGAGGAUGAAAUAGAAGGAAUUAGUACAAGUGGUGUAGUUGUUAUUUCAAUCGUGAUCCUUGUGUGUUUGUUUAGCAUACAGCAGUUUGGGACUGGUAAAGUUGGUUUCCUGUUUGCUCCUGUACUUGCUUUGUGGUUCUUUUCUCUGGGAUCUAUUGGAAUAUACAAUAUAGUCAAGUAUGAUAUUACUAUUGUAAGGGCAUUCAACCCAGUUUAUAUCUAUUUAUUCUUCAAGAAGAACAGCACAGAUGCAUGGUCAGCUCUUGGUGGUUGUGUUCUAUGCAUUACAGGAGCGGAAGCAAUGUUUGCUGAUCUAGGCCAUUUUUCUGUACGAGCCAUACAGAUUGCCUUUACUUGUGUGGUGUUUCCCUGUCUUCUCUUGGCUUACAUGGGCCAAGCUGCUUAUCUGAUGAAAUCGCCUGAAUCUGCAGAAAGUAUAUUCUAUGCCUCUGUGCCAGAUGCUAUAUUCUGGCCAGUUUUUGUGUUAGCAACCCUUGCUGCCAUGAUUGCCAGCCAAGCAAUGAUAUCUGCUACAUUUUCAUGCGUAAAGCAAUCAAUGGCUCUCGGAUGCUUUCCAAGGCUGAAGAUCGUUCACACCUCAAGAAAGCGAAUGGGUCAAAUUUACAUCCCUGUAAUGAAUUGGUUUUUAAUGAUCAUGUGCAUAGUUGUAGUUGCUAUCUUUCAGAGCACCACAGAUAUCGCCAAUGCAUAUGGCAUAGCUGAAGUUGGUGUCAUGCUUGUGAGCACCUCCUUGGUUACACUUGUAAUGCUUCUAAUCUGGCAGAAGAACCUGUUUUUGGCUCUGUGUUUCCCACUUGUUUUUGGAUCGGUAGAGCUCAUCUACUUGUUAGCUGUGCUAUCUAAAACCAAAGAGGGUGGUUGGCUUCCACUUGUUUUUGCUACUUGCUUCCUCUGUGUGAUGUACAUUUGGAACUAUGGGAGUGUGUUGAAAUACCGGAGUCAAGUCAGGGAGAAGAUAUCCAUGGACUUCAUGCUUGAACUGGGUUCAACCCUUGGGACUGUAAGAGUCCCAGGAAUUGGAUUGCUUUACAAUGAGCUUGUCCAGGGGAUUCCCUCCAUCUUUGGGCAGUUCUUACUGAGCCUUCCAGCUAUCCACUCUACAAUAGUGUUUGUUUGCAUUAAAUAUGUCCCAAUCCCAGUGGUUCCUCAAGAGGAAAGGUUUUUGUUUCGAAGAGUUUGCCCAAAAGACUACCAUAUGUUCCGUUGUGUUGCUCGAUACGGUUACAAAGAUGUCCGGAAGGAAGACCAUCAUGCAUUUGAGCAACUUUUGAUUGAAAGCCUAGAGAAAUUCUUAAGAAGGGAGGCUCAAGAUCUUGCGUUGGAGAGCAAUUUAAAUGAGUUGGAGUUUGAUAGCGUUUCAGUGAGGUCAAGGGAUUCUGGAGCCCCUGGUGUUGAUGGGAAUGGUGAGCUUAGGAUUCCAUUGAUGCAGGAUCGAAGAUUGGAAGAAACAGGAACUUCUAUCUCAGAAGUUUCCUCGGAAUUGCUAUCAAGUGUCAUGUCACAGGAUGAAGACCCAAGUCUGGAGUAUGAGCUUUCAGCUCUUCGAGAGGCAAUGGAUUCUGGAUUUACUUAUAUGCUGGCCCACGGAGAUGUGAAGGCAAAGAAAAACUCAUUUUUCAUUAAGAAAUUGGUUAUAAAUUACUUCUAUGGAUUCAUGAGGAGGAACUGUAGAGCAGGUACUGCAAACAUGAGAACACCUCACAUGAAUAUCAUUCGAGUGGGAAUGACAUAUAUGGUGUAAUCUGUUUGUCAUGUUUUAGAAACUGCCUUAUUCAAUGACUUUGUAUCCCAUUGCUAUCUCUAUGCUGGAAUCUUGAUAAAGUUUUUUGAAACAAAACUAGGAAUGAUAAAAUCUUACCAUGGUAUUGGCUUCCUGUUGUAACUUUGAGAAUCAAUUAUAGGUUUCUUUUGUCUUCAAUGCACAUUCUCUUCUAUCUUCUCUUACCCA